AUGGCAAGCAAUAUUCGGAAACCUAUUCGUCACAAGCAAAAGGCAAUAUUGUCGGGUUUGGAGACAUAUCGUGAUCCUUGGACGGGAACUAUCGUGAGGAUGUUUUCAAUUGCUGGCCUCGGUACUUUAAUGGGAAUUACUAUUUUAUUGAUUGGAAUCUUUGCUUUUGGAUAUUUUGAAAAUAAUGAUAUUGGUACAUAUUUGACUAACUUAAAUGCAGGAGUAAUAAUGGGAAUUGUACUAAGUUUCACGAUGAUAUAUAGUGAAAAAAUAGUUUACACAGACUUCACGAUAAAGAAAUUAAUCUUCGUAUCCCCUGUGAUUAGUAUUGUUUUCAUUAUGGGACUUAUUCUUGCUCCAUUAGCAAUGUCAACAUUAUUGUCACGAUUUGAAAUUCAAGCUAAUCUUUUAGCUAUAAUGUCAACGUUGUAUCCAACUCUCAUCAUUAUUGGAUUUUUAAAAGCAUCUGGUGACUCUAAAAAAGCACAUCGUCUCUUUCAAAUGUGGAUGAAUUUCCAAUUCGUGAGAUUCCGCUAUCAAAUUUUAUACGCUGCAAUUGUGUUGUACCAUAAAAUGAUAGCUUUCACAAUUAAAAAAUUUCGGCCACCUUCUAAUAAUGAACUUUAUGAGUUAAUAAGGACAACAGAACAAAUAAAGCAUCAUAAAGAAGAAAUAAACCAAUUAAUUUCAGAAAUAGAUUGUCAUUAUGAUUUUACUACAAAUUGUAAUAUAGACUUCCUGAUUCACAUGGAAUUAAUGCUCCUAACAGAACCUGUUCAAGAUUCAUUGGAAAAUGUGAUAAAGAACGAACAAAUUCGCAUGAAUAACCUUCUGCAAGGUUACAUACAAGGAGAAUUUAUGCGGAAAAUGGAUAUCGAAAGAGACCUAAAGAUUCGUGAAGCUAUUAGAAAAUUGGAAAAUGGAUGCACAAAAGUUCUGCUCAUGAAUAUAGUUCUGGUCGUAAUCCUAGAAGAACCAACUGGGCAUCAUGUUGUGAAGACCUCAGAGACUCCAUGGAAUGCUUUCCUACUUGUUAUGGUACAGAAGAGAAUAAGGCUACCUAACGGACAUUUCGCCUGUGACAGAGCUGAAUGUGUGAGGCAUCUUGUACGGGGGUCUGCUGUAAUCACUUACGCAAUGAUUUAUCUUGAAAAAGGAAAAUCAGACAAAAGAAUUAAUGUUUAUGUCGAUAGUCAAGCGGCUAUAAACGCCUUGAGUAAUCCGACUACAGAAUCAAAACAAGUUCCCACACACCACAAAAGCUUACUACAAGUUUACAUCAGACUUUCAU